CUGCAGUCGACACGUCUCUUUAUCUGUCUGAAUAAAAAUUAAACCGAGUUCUUCAGUUCUUCCUCAACAAGUGACUCAAACACUGGGAUAAAUGAAGACGAAGGAGGACCUGUUGAACACUCUGGAGGAUUUGAAAGAUGAGGAAUUCAAGAAAUUCAAAUGGUUUUUGGAGCAGCGUGAUAUCCUGGAAGACCAUCAAGCCAUCAAAGCAUCCCGGCUGGAGAAGGCAGAGAGACGGGACACUGUGGAUCUGAUGGUGCAGACCUACCAACUUCCUGGAGCUGCGAAGGUGACCAAGAAGCUUUUAAAGAAGAUCAACAGGAAUGAUCUGCUGCAGAGUUUAUCAGACAGCAAGCUGGGGAAGACAGAGGCUGAAAUUCAGCAGAUGAUCCAGAAGAGACGACUGAAGAUUCAACAGAUCAAACACUCAGUCGACCUCAGUAAGGAAGAUGCAGACAGAGAGAUAGCAGAAGGUGUUCAGGUCUUCAUCGCUCUGAAGGAGUCUGUUGAGAGAAGCCUAAAUGAGCUCAUUGAGACGAUUGAAGAGAAGCAAACAACGACAGAGAAACAGGCUGAAGACUUCAUCAAAGAGCUGGAACAGGAAAUCUCUGAGCUGAUGAAGAGAAGCUCUGAGGUGAAGCAGUUCUCACACUCUGAAGACCACCUCCACCUCCUCCAAAACUUCCCGUCCCUGAAAGCUGCUCCACCCACCAAAGACUGGACAAAGGUCAGCGUUCGUCCAUCAUAUGAGGGGACUGUGACUCAGCUGGAGAAGCUCAGUAAAGAGAUGAAGAAGCUGCUCGCUCAGGCUGAACUGAAGAGGGUCCAGCAGUAUGCAGUGGAUGUGACUCUUGAUCCUGAUACAGCAAAUCCCUGGCUCAUCCUGUCUGAUGAUGGGAAACAAGUAAAUUACGGUGACGUGUGGAAGAAUCUACCAGACAACCCAGAGAGAUUUAGGUGUUAUGCUGAUGUUUUAGGAAAGCAGAGUUUCUCUUCAGGCAGAUUUUACUUUGAGGUUCAGGUUAAAGGGAAGACUGACUGGGAUUUAGGAGUGGCCAGAGAGUCCAUCAACAGGAAGGGAAAAAUCACACUGAGACCUCAGGAUGGUUACUGGACUAUAGUGUUGAAAAAUGGAAAUGAGUACAAAGCUGGUAAUGACCCUCCAGUCUGUCUCUCUCUGAAGUCUCAGCUUCAGAAGGUGGGGGUGUUUGUGGAUUAUGAGGAGGGUCUGGUCUCCUUUUAUGACGUAGAUGCUGCAGCUCAUAUCUACUCCUUUACUGGCUGCUCCUUCACUGAGAAACUCUACCCAUUCUUCAGUCCCUGUUCUAAUGAUGGUGGUAAAAACUCCGCCCCUCUGAUCAUCUGUCAUGUCAAUCAAACUGCCUGAUCUAUUUUUUAAUGAUCAGCAACUUAUGAAGCAGUUUCAACAAUUCAUAAACUUAAUCAGUUAAUCUUUGCAUUUCACACCCACUAUGUAAAUAUAUAGAGGAAGUAUUCUUACUACAGUUAAAGAUCUACAUAUUCAGUGUUAAUGUACCAUAUGAACUUGAUUUAAUCAGGAUAUGAUUAAUAUGAUUCCUUCCUUCCAUUCCUUUAUGAUUUAUUAUAGCAUUGUUUUAUGUUGUGAUUUUUUCUGUUUUUACCCUUUACUUGUCUCUUUUUACUGCUUCAAUUUCCCCAAAUGAUUCAUUAAACUCUACAUCCUUGAUUAUGGAAAUGAAUCUACAGUGAUGUAAAAUAUAUCAAGAUUUUUGUUCGUUAGAUGUAAUGAUGCAGCCAUAACAGUCAUGAUGUCCUGAGGUUGAAUAUUUCACUGUGUGUCAUUUAGCUUCAAGGUUAGAACAUGAACAGAAAGAGUAGAGUAUGUGUCUCUGUUAUAAAGGAUGGAGUUAUUAAAGUGAAAAUAGAUGUUUACUGGUAUCUGUUAUACUCAGUGAUGUAGUGAUAAGUUAAUAUUACUGUUAGUAUGUAAAUCACUGGUCUAUGGAUGCAAUUGUACUGAUAUACAAUUAUUUUAGUGUCCAAGAUUUACUGACUUGGUUUGUAAGUUACUUGGCUGUGGGUAUAAUUCUAUUGAUCUCUAUCAAUAUUAAUAGUGAUAGUGACUUUUUUCACCUUUAAUUAUGAUAACAGACACAUUUUAAUAACAUACAGAAGCUGAGUCAUUAAACCAUUUUACAGCUGAACAGGGUCAGUAUCAGUAAACAACCAUGUUCCUUCACAACAAAUGAAUACAGAUAUUUAUUUGGUAAAUGAGAGAGAAUGGUCUACUCAAGUGAAAUUAACAUAUUUCAUUUGAAAUAUAUUAACAAGCUGAUGUAGUGAUACAUUUCUUUAUCAUGUAGAAAUUGCUGAUAAC